AUGCCGAGCCUCAAGUCCUCCACGGCGGACAUCCGCGCCUUGGCGCGGCGCGCGCUUUGGCACCAGGCUUUGGCCCAGCUGUGGUCGCUGCGCGCCAUCGCCCGCAGCGACCGAGGGCUGCGCCUGGACUGCGUGGCGUACAGCGCGGCGACCGCAGGUGACUGGCGGACUUGUGCAGAGCUUUGGGCCCAUAUGGCGUCGGAGCACGUGGCGCCUGAUGUGAUCGCCUGCGGCGCAGUGCUUUCGGCAGCGACGGCUUCUGCAGCCUGGGGCUGGGCAGGGCUGCUGCUGGACGGUCUCAGAGGUUUGCAAGCGAACGUGGUGCUCUACAAUUCCGCGGCCAAGGGCAUGAGCCAGGCUUCGUGGCAACGGGCCCCGGCGCUGCUGGCAGAGCUGGCACAAGAGCACUUGCAGAGAGACCUGGUCACCGUGAACACGGUGCUCAGCAUUCUGGCGGGGCAAUCUACCUGGCAGCCAGCGCUGGCGUUCUUGAAGGGCGAGGAGAACCUUGACACCAUCAGCUACAGCUCCGCCAUCAGCGCCAGUCCCUGGCCUCUCACGUUCGCCUUGUUCCUCCAGCUGACCUCGUGUGCGCUCUUGCCCGAUGUGGUCGCCCACAACUCCGCGGCGCAAAAGGCGCCCUGGGACCACUGCUGGCACCUGCUGUCGCAGCUCCCGCGCCGCCGUCUUCGCCUCAGCGACGUGUCGCGGCGCACGGCUGCCGGCGCCGCGCUCUGCGCCGGGCGCUGGGAGGCGGCGGGGCAGCUGGCAGAGCCCAUGGACACGCCGAUGGCCGCUGCGACCGUCCCCUGGCAGCGCGCAAUCUGCUUGGCGCUGCUUCCCCCGCCCUCCGUGGCGGCCUUCAGCGCAGCCAUCUCGGGCCUCGGUGCGGCGAGCCGCUGGCAGCACGCGCUGCUCCUGCUCGGCGAGGCCAUAGAGAGGCUCCCGGCCGCGGACGUGGAUGCGGCGCUGUUCAGCGCCGGCAUCACCGCCUGCGAGCAAGCGGGCCGGUGGGAAAUCGCGGUGGCGUUGCUUAUGGAGCUGCACGGCCUCCGCCUGGCGGACGCCAUCGCCUGCAACGCCGCCCUCGCCGCCUGCGCCGGCGCCGCCAACGCGUCGAGCGCCUGGCGGGCGGCGCUGGGGCUGCUGGGCGGCAUCACCGCGCUGCAGUUGCAGGCGAAUGUGAUCACCUACAGCUCGGCUUGCAGUGCCUGUGAAAAGGCCGGGGAAUGGCAACGGGCAGUGGCCUUGCUGUGGGAGUUGGUGGACAUGAUGCAGGCGAACGUCGUGGUGUUCAAUGCGGCCAUCAGCGCCUGCGAGAAGCGGGGCAUGUGGCAGAUGGCCCUUCAGAUCCUGAAUGCUCUUCCAUCACUGCAAGCGCAGCCGGACACCAUCACCUUCAACGCCACCAUCAGUUCCUGCGAGAAGGGCCGGCAGUGGCCGGGCGCGACCUUGCUGCUAGCUACCUGCCCAUCUCCCGACGUGGUCGCCUACAAUGCGGCCCUUAGCGCCUGCAGGGGUCAUUGGCAGCAUGCUCGACGAGUGCUGCAGGAGCUGUCAAGAAGGCAAGCGCAGCCUGACGCGGUGACCCACUCCCUGGCUGCCGAGAUCUUCGAACGCAGCGGGGAAGCCCGGCGUGCCGCUGGUCGCCUGGACGUGGUGAGCGCCCUGUGCCAAGUGGAGCUGGCCGAAUCCGCGGAGUCCGCGGGGUUUUGGGAGGCUGGCGAAAACGACCAGACGGGAGGCCGGGGCCAAGCUCUUCCUGCGGACGGCCUGAAAGCCAAAGGAAAACGCGGAAACCCAGCUGUGUCGGCGGACCCCGCGCUCGAAUGGCAUGGGCCCGCCCACUGGGUCGAAAGGGAAGCCCGCUGCAAAGCGGGGACGCCCAGAGCCGUGCCAGCGGCCAAGACCACGCCCUCGCCGGGCUCGCCGGGCUCGCCGAAGCCCGUCAGAGAGCCCCCCGAUCCGAAGGAUGUCCGACAGCUCAUCGGUCUCUUCCACACCUUGAAACUGCGCAUGGCCAACGCCUCCGCAGUCGCAGUGUCCAGCUCUGUACAGCUACAAGGGCUCAAGCAUGGUAGAGUGGCGAAGAUCGAGUUUGUCAGGCACCCGCAGGUCGAGGCCAAGACGCUGAGCGCUGAGCUGCUGCAGGCGGUGCUGCGCAUGCACCUGGCGCGCUUGGAGCUCGCUCGCAACUUCAGCUCGCCACAGCUGGCACGGCUGCAGGCCUUGGCCCAGCGGAAGCGGCUGCUGGCGCCGCGCCUGGCGGCGGAGGACCGGGCGGCGCGGAGGAUCCAGCGGCAGGCGCGGGGCUGCCUGGCGCGCAGAGGGGUGCAGGAGCUGCGCCUGGACCGAAGCGCGCAGCGCCUGGUGCUGGGGCUGCUGAAGGCCUUGAAAUGGCGGCAGCAGAUGGCCAAUGGUGCUCUUGACCAGGCGACCCUGGCACUGCAGACCAAGCGCCGAGCCACGAUGGCGCAGCGGAAAUCCCUGGCGCUGACGCAGGAACGACAGGAUGUGCGGACGGUUCUUGGCAUCUUCCGAAGCUAUGUGCAAAGACAAAGCCUGAAUCAGCGGAUCUCGUCCAGAGCCGUGCAGACGCUCCAGCAGGGCAGAAGAUGCCAAGUCUCCCGAAGGGAGCUGCAAAAUCGGCAGCAGGAGAAAGAGGACGCCCAGCUGCUGCUGUCGCUCUUCCGCGCAGCCAAGCUCCGCCUGAAGUUGGCCCGCAAAGUCACGGAGCAGAGCUCUGUGAAGCUUCAGAAGCUGCAGCGGGGCCGUGCCGCCAAGCAGGAGAUGGCCAGGAUGCGUGAAACCGCUGAGUGCCACGCCACGUUGGCGCCGGUGUUGCGCUGCCUCAGCUUGCGGAUCCACCUGGCCAGCGAGCGGUCGAAGAAGGCCGCACGAGGAUUGCAGGCCUCCGCUCAGGCGGUGCUGGCGAAGCGGCGGAACCGGCACAGCUGCUGGGAGCGGCUGCAGCAUCUGCUCACGGGGCUUCAGAAGAAGUACGAGGCGCAGGAGCUGCUGUGCAAGCUCCACUCGCAUCGACAAGUGCGCACCCAUCCUCAAAGCCUUAUGCGAGUGGCGCUGAAGGCGGUGCACUUGCGCAAGAAGGUGGCCCAGUUGCGAGAGCAUCACGCUGCCACGCGCAUACAGGCCAGGGCACGCGGGGCCUUUCAGCGUUCGGAGUGCCGAGAGGUUCAGCAGCGCUGGGCGCGGCAGAUCAUUUUCAACGUCUGCAGAAGAUACGCCGUCCAAGUGGACCUAGUGUCCCAAUUGCAGCAGCAGUCCCUCACCGAAGCCCUGGAGAUUUGGGAGUCCGUGCUGAAGACCUACAAGGAGCGUUCGCAGUUCGCGCCCGACCUGCUCUACAACCGUGCCAGUCUGAAGAUCGCCUGCAUGUGGCGCGGGGUCAAAGGUCGGCAGCAGAUGCGGCGACUCAGGCUGGAGAGGUCGUCCCAGACGGCCUGCGACCAGCUCAGGAGUUUCCUCCGGGUCUACGCGGCCCGGGAGCUGCUGAUGGCGCGCGGGGCCGAGGUGCUCCGCGCGGACAACAGGCAGCUUCUGUGCAGCGUGCUGCGCACUUUGAAGCUGCGCAUGGCCACCAGCCACCAUGUGGCAGAGGAGAGGAAGAAGGCUGCGAUGGAGGUGCUCUCCCGGCACGUCAAGGGCAUGUACCUGCGCUCGGGCCGGGUUUUCGACUGGGAGGCUUAUGCCAAGCGAACUGGUCGGCGCAUCACAGAUGAGAUCCGGACCAAGAUCCUGAGCGACAGGGAAGAGGCGGCCUGGGUCCAGCACGUGCGCAAGCACACCCGGCGCGUACAUCUGGAACUGCAAGACGAGCGGCAACAGAUUUGCCACAUGGCUGCGCUGCAGCUACAACGCAGCUGGCGCGCGCGCCAGGCGCGGCUGCAGCAGCUGCUGCCGCGGCUGGCGCAGCGCCUGGCCGCGGAGCGGCGACAUCUGCAGGCGCUGCAGCGCCAGGAGGGCGCCAGCCUUGGCUGUACUGGCAGCUGCCUUCGCCCAGUGCACGUGCAGAUGCUGAGCGCCCGCCCACACCCGCCUCAGGGAUGGGCGGAAUCUUUGGCACAGGUGCCGGAGCCUAUGGUCGACAUGGCCACGGCUGACUCCUUCGCAGUGGCGGUGGGCAAAAGCGGCGCUGCCUACUGCCUGCCGAGCCAGGCGGACGCGGACGUGGGGCCGCCGGAGGCGCUGCAACUCACCGGGCCCUUCGUGCUGAGCCAUCACCGGCUCCUGGCGCAAACGCCCAAGGUGCUCCAGGUCUCUUGCGGCCUGCACCAUGCCCUGCUGCUGUCAGAGGAUGGCCUUGUCUUUGCCUGGGGAUUGAACGACUGCGGCCAGUGCGGUGUGGGCUGGCCUCGGCCCAGCACCCCAACCACAGUCAUUGAGCAGGCGACGUGCCUGCAGCCCUGGGCAGCGCACUACACGGGCACGGAGGAGAUGCGCAAGCAAGCGGGCCUGCUGGAGCCUCAACGAGGCACCAGCCUCAGCUCGGCGUGCGGCAGCGGCGCCAUUCUGCCGCGGCUGAAGUCGGUGCAGGCGUCGCCCAGGGGCGCGCUGGCCCUGGACAACGAGGCGCAGCUUUGGGGCUGGGGUGAGAGCAGCCUUCCUUGCCUGGUGCCGCAGUCGGCGCCCAAAGCACCCUGCGGAACUUCGGGCACACUGACAGCCUGUCCUUUCCUGCUCUUUCAGCUCGUGGCCAAAGAGCCAGACGCGAAGCGGCCACGCCUCGAUGCGCAGCUGUUGGCAGACCUGGACUUGCGGGAGCUCCCACGUAACGUGCUGAUCCCCACAUUGGUGUGCAACGUGACCCUGUCCAAGCAAGGCGCAGCGCCGGACACGGUGCUUCUCUGCAAAAGCCGGCAGGCGCAGGCGGUGCUAGCGCCCGCCUGGGGCGCAGGAGGUGCUCUCCGAGCUGAGGGCAAGUUUGCCUCGGUGUGUGCGGGGUCCGUCAGCUUCGCAGUGACCAUCCGGGGGGCGGUCCACAGCUGGGGGCCUCAAGAAGUGCUCCUGGCGCGCGGCUCCGGGUCCUCCGGGCCCUCGAGUUCCCCCAGCCUCGCGAAGACGACGCCUUCGAUCCUUGCGGCGCCGGUGCCGACCUUCCUGCGCCUCGCGGUGUGCGUCACGAGCAUCAGCCUAGGCGAGGAGCACGUCGUAGCGCUCACCGCCCACGGCCACGGCCGGGUUUUCACUUGGGGCCGGAUGGAGGCAUGCACCAGCACCGAGCGCUUUCAGCAGCGCUCCAUCCCGCAGCCUCUCUGUGUGGAGGGCCCACUUCGGGGCUUGAAGAUCAGCAAGGUGCUGGCCGGGCGAAUCUCCAGCAUCGUGGCGAUCCAGGACGCAGAGACGCUCCUGGGUUGGGACAUGGUCGAGCUGCUGACCAUCCAAGGGAAGUGUCAGCUGGACCCGGCCAUUUACGAGUUCGUGCCGCAAGCGCCAGGUAGCGCGGCAACGCCAAAGACGCCGAAGACUCCGAAGACUCCGAAGACUCCGAAGACCACCCCGACCAGCCAGUCGACUGAGAGAGCUUGCACGCCAAGGUCGCCUAUGUCUCCAAGCACCUCCACAACGCCCACAGCUUUGGCUUCGCCUGGAAAGACGAGGACACGCCAAGAUGCCGGUCGGCGCGUUUGCGUUUGCCACUCGCAACAGCUCCAGCUGGUGCUCGAUGAUCCAGGCUCCUGCAGGCCGGGGGUGCCCUUCUCCCGCCCAGAGCUCUUCGCCUGGGCGGCGCAGUGCGCCGCCGGCGCCAUGCGAAAGGAGGACGAAGAGAUGAAGCAGCGCGCGCUGCAAGAGAUGGCGGCGGAACGCGCCAACAUCAAGAACAUGAGCAACGAUGCGCUGGUGAAGGAGGUGGCAAAGCCCCGGAGCCUUUUGGAGUUGGAUCGGGAGAUCGGGCGGUACCGCAGGUUGGCCAGCUUCCGGUGA